UUGGGAUUAUCCCAAAAGAAGCAUCAUGGGUUGGUCUGCAAGACUUGCGUUACCUUUGCUGGCUCUGUUUUUCUGCUCUCAGGGCAUUCCUGCUCUGGGGCAAAGCAUCAGUCCAUGGUCAAACCCGUCAAUAGCAGAAAGUUUCAUUGGAGCGUUUCUUGGAACUGUAUCAACUAAGGGAGCCUUCUUAGCCAGUGAGUUGGAAGAUAUGGCUUCAAUUGCUGAGACUGUCAUGUCUGCAAUGGACAAGAUGGCAAGAUCCAACAAGAGCUCAAAAUCCAAGCUUCAAGCAUUGAACAUGGCUUUUGCUUCUUCCGUCGCAGAGAUCGCUGUGGCUGAAGCAGGAGGUCUAGGAAUCGACGCAAAGACCAAUGCCAUUGCCGAAUCUCUUGCUCAAGCAUUUUUGCAAACCAUUGGGGUUGUUGACAAUCAAUUUAUAAAUGAAAUUAGACAGCUGAUUAUCAUGUUCGCUCAAGCAAAUGCCAAUGAAAUCGGAGGAGCUUCCACAUCAGCAUCAGCCGGAGGAUACGGACCUGGACCUCAAGGCUCAUAUGGACCAGGACCUCAAGGCCCACAAGGUCCAAGUUAUGGACCAGGACCAUCAUCUGUUUCAAUCUCACUGGUUGCACCAAGCGGACCAGGACCACAAGGACCAGGACCUCAAGCGCCACAAGGACCAGGACCACAAGUACCACAAGGACCAGGACCACAAGGGCUACAAGGACCAGGCCCACAAGGACCACAAGGACCAAGUUACGGACCAGGACCAUCAUCUGUGUCAAUCUCCCUGGUUGGACCAAGUGGGCCAGGACCACAAGGACCAGAACAACAAGGACCAGGACCUCAAGGACCACAAGGACCAGGACCCCAAGGACCACAAGGACCAGGCCCACAAGGUCCACAAGGGCCAAGUUAUGGACCAGGAUCAUCAUCUGUUUUAAUCUCACUGGUUGGACCAAGCGGACCAGGACCACAAGGACCUGGACCACAAGAACCAGGACCACAAGGACCAGGACCUCAAGCGCCACAAGGACCAGGACCACAAGGGCUACAAGGACCAGGCCCACAACGGCCACAAGGACCAAGUUAUGGGCCAGGACCAUCAUCUGUGUCAAUCUCACUGAUUGGACCAAGCGGACCAGGACCACAAGCACCACAAGGACCAGGACCUCAAGCUCCACAAAGACCAGGACCACAAGGGCCACAAGGACCAGGUCCACAAGGGCCACAAGGACCAAGUUAUGGACCAGGACCAUCAUCUGCGUCAAUCUCCCUGGUUGGCACAAGUGGGCCAGGACCACAAGGACCACAAAGACCAGGACAACAAGGACCAGGACCUCAAGGACCACAAGGACCAGGACCCCGAGGACCACAAGGAUCAGGCCCACAAGGGCCACAAGGACCAAGUUAUGGGCCAGGACCAUCAUCUGUGUCAAUCUCAAUGGUUGGUUCUAGUGGACCAGGACCACAAGGACCAGGACCCCAAAGGCCACAAGGACCAGGACCUCAAGAACCAGAAGGACUAGGAUACCAAGGACCACAAGGACCAGGCCCACAAGGGCCACAAGGAACAAGUUAUGGGCCAGGACCAUCAUCUGUGUCAUUUUCACUGGUUGGCCCUAGUGGACCAGGACCACAAGGACCAGGACAACAAGGCCCAGGACCUCAAGGGCAACAAGGACCAGGACCUCAAGGACCACAAGGACCAGGCCCAAAAGGGCCACAAGGACCAAGUUAUGGACCAGGACCAUCAUCUGUGUCAAUCUCACUGGUUGGCCCUAGUGGACCAGGACCACAAGAACCAGGACCCCAAAGGCCACAAGGACCAGGACCUCAGGGACCACAAGGACCAGGAUUCCAAGGACCACAAGGACCAGGCCCACAAGGGCCACAAGGACCAAGUUAUGGGCCAGGACCAUCAUCUGUGUCAAUCUCAAUGGUUGGUCCUAGUGGACCAGGACCACAAGGACCAGGACAACAAGGCCCAGGACCUCAAGGGCAACAAGGACCAGGACCUCAAGGACCACAAGGACCAGGCCCACAAGGGCCACAAGGACCAAGUUAUGGACCAGGACCAUCAUCUGUAUCAAUCUCACUGGUUGGCCCUAGUGGACCAGGACCACAAGAACCAGGACUCCAAAGGCCACAAGGACCAGGACCUCAGGGACCACAAGGACCAGGAUUCCAAGGACCACAAGGACCAGGCCCACAAGGGCCACAAGGACCAAGUUAUGGGCCAGGACCAUCAUCUGUGUCAAUCUCAGUGGUUGGUCCUAGUGGACCAGGACCACAAGGACCAGGACCCCAAAGGCCACAAGGACCAGGACCUCAAGGACCACAAGGACCAGGAUCCCAAGGACCACAAGGACCACAAGGACCAAGUUAUGGGCCAGGACCAUCAUCUGUGUCAUUCUCACUGGUUGGCCCUAGUGGACCAGGACCACAAGGACCAGGACAACAAGGACCAGGAACUCAAGGACAACAAGGACCAGGACCUCAAGGACCACAAGGACCAGGCCCACAAGGGCCACAAGGACCAAGUUAUGGACCAGGACCAUCAUCUGUGUCAAUCUCACUGGUUGGCCCUAGUGGACCAGGACCACAAGAACCAGGACCCCAAAGGCCACAAGGACCAGGACCUCAAGUACCACAAGGACCAGGAUUCCAAGGACCACAAGGACCAGGCCCACAAGGGCCACAAGGACCAAGUUAUGGACCAGGACCAUCAUCUGUGUCAAUCUCAAUGAUUGGUCCUAGUGGACCAGGACCACAAGGACCAGGACCCCAAAGGCCACAAGGACCAGGACCUCAAGGACCACAAGGACCAGGAUCCCAAGGACCAGAAGGACCAGGCCCACAAGGGCCACAAGGACCAAGUUAUGGGCCAGGACCAUCAUCUGUGUCAUUCUCACUGGUUGGCCCUAGUGGACCAGGACCACAAGGACCAGGACAACGACCAGGACCUCAAGGACAACGAGGACCAGGACCUCAAGGACCACAAGGACCAGGCCCACAAGGGCCACAAGGACCAAGUUAUGGCCCAGGACCAUCAUCUGUGUCAAUCUCACUGGUUGGCCCUAGUGGACCAGGACCACAAGGACCAGGACCCCAAAGGCCACAAGGACCAGGACCUCAAAGACUACAAGGACCAGGACCCCAAGGACCACAAGGACCAGGCCCACAAGGUCCACAAGGACUAAGUUAUGGACCAGGACCAUCAUCUGUAUCAAUUUCACUGGUUGGACCAAGUGUACCAGGAACUCAAGGACCACAAGGACCACGACCACAAGAACCACAAGGACCGGGACCACAAGUACCAGUUGCUCAAGGACCCCAAGGAUCCCAAGGACCAAGUUAUGGACCAGGAGCAUCAUCUGUGUCAAUCUCAUUGAGUGGACCAGGUGGUUAUGGACCAGGUCCAGGACAACAAAGACCAGGUGGUUAUGGACCAGGUUCAGCAGCAGCUGCAGGUUCUGGACCAGGACAACAAGGCCCACGACAACAAGGACCAGGAGGUUAUGCACCAGGUUCAGCAGCAGCAGCAGCAGUAGCACCAGGUUCAGGACCGGGACAACAAGGCCCAGGACAACAAGGGCCAGGUGGUUAUGGACCAGAAUCAGCAGCAGCAGCAGCAGCAGGUUCCGGACCGGGACAACAAGGCCCAGCACAGCAAGGACCAGGUGGUUAUGGACCAGGCUCAGCUGCCGCAGCAGCAGGAGGCUACGGACCAGGUCCACAAGGCCUAGGACAACAAGGACCGGGUGGUUAUGGACCCGGCGCCGCUGCCGCUGCUGCUGCAGCAGCAUCUGGUUACGGACCAGGUCAACAAGGCCCAGGACAACAAGGACCAGGAGGUUAUGGUCCAGGUUCAGCAGCAGUAGCAGCUGCAGCUGCAGGUUCAAGACCAGGACAACAAGGACCAGGAGGUUAUGGACCAGGCUCAGCAUCAGCAGCAGCAGCAGGUUCUGGACCAGGACAACAAGGCCCAUCACAACAAGGAUCAGGAGGUUAUGGACCAGGCUCAGCAGCAGCAGCAGGUUCUGUACCAGGUGAACAAGGCUCAGGACCACAAGGACCAGGAGGUUAUGGUCCAGGUUCAGCGCUCGCAGCUGCCGCAGCAGCAGGAGGCUACGGACCAGGUCCACAAGACCUAACACAACAAGGAGCAGGAGGUUACGGAAUAGGCGCAGCAGCAGCAGGUUAUGGACCGGGACAACAAGGCCCAUCACAACAAGGACCAGGAGGUUAUGGACCAGGCUCACCAGCCGCAGCUGCCGCAGCAGCAGGAGGCUACGGACCAGGUCCACAAGGCCCAGCACAACAAGGACCAGGAGGUUUUGGUCCAGGUUCAGCAGCUGCAGCUGCAGGUUCAGGACCAGGACAACAAGGACCAGGUGUUUAUGGACCAGGCUCAGCAGCAGCAGCUGCCGCUGCAGAAGGACGCUACGGACCAGGUCCACAAGGCCCAAUACAACAAGGACCACGAGGUUAUGGACCAGGCUCAGCAGCAGCAGCAGCAGGUUCUGGGCCAGGUCAACAAGGCCCAGGACCACAAGGACCAGGAGGUUAUGGUUCAGAUUCAGCAGCAGCAGCUGCAGCUGCAGGUUUAGGUCCAAGACAACAAGGACCAGGAGGUUAUGGACCAGGCUCAACAGCCGCAGCUGCCGCAGCAGUAGGAGGCUACGGACCAGGUCCACAAGGCCCAGGACAGCAAGGACCUGGAGGUUACGGACCAGGAUCAGCAACAGCUGCCGCAGCAGGUUCAGGACAAGGACAACAAGGCCCAGGAGGCUAUGGACCUGGCUCAGCAGCAGCAGCAGCAGGUUCUGGACCAGGACAACAAGGAUCAUUACAACAAGGAACAGGUGGUUAUGGGCCAGGCUCAGCAGCAGCAGUAGCUGCGGCAGCAGGCUCUGGACCCGGACAACAAGGCCCAGGAGGUUAUGGACCUGGCUCAGCAGCAGCAGUAGCAGGAUAUGGACCAGGACAACAAGGACCAGGAGGUUAUGGACCAGGGGCAGCAGCAGCAGCAGCAGGUUCUGGACCAGGACAACAAGGCCCAGGACAAGGACCAGGUGGUUAUGGACCAGGCUCAGCAGCAGCAGCAGCUGCAGCUGUAGGUUCAGGACCAGGACAACAAGGCCCUGGACAACAAGGACCAGGAGUUUACGGACCAGGCUCAGCGGCAGCAGCAGCUGCAGCUGCAGGUUCUGGACCAGGACAACAAGGCCCAGGACGACAAGGCCCAGCAGGUUAUGGACCAGGCGCAGCAGCAGCAGCAGCAGCAGGUUCUGGACCAGGACAACAAGGACCAGUAGGUUACGGACCAGGAUCAGCAGCAGCAGCAGCUGCAGCUGCAGGUUCUGGACCAGGACAACAAGGUCCAGGACCACAAGGACCAGGAGGUUAUGGACCAGGUGCAGCAGCAGUAGCAGCAGCAGCAGCAGGUUCAGGACCAGGACAACAAGUCCCUGGACAACAAGGACCAGGAGUUUACGGACCAGGCUCAGCGGCAGCAGCAGCUGCAGCUGCAGGUUCUGGACCAGGACAACAAGGCCCAGGACGACAAGGCCCAGGAGGUUAUGGAGCAGGUGCAGCAGCAGCAGGUUCUGGACCAGGACAACAAGUACCAGUAGGUUACGGACCAGGAUCAGCAGCAUCAGCAGCUGCAGCUGCAGGUUCUGGACCAGGACAACAGGGUCCAGGACCACAAGGACCAGGAGUUUAUGGACCAGGUGCAGCAGCAGCAGCAGCAGCAGGUUCAGGACCAGGACAACAAGGCCCUGGACAACAAGGACCAGGAUUUUACGCACCAGUUUCAGCGGCAGCAGCAGCAGCAGCUGCAGGUUCUGGACCAGGACAACAAGGCCCAGGACGACAAGGCCCAGGAGGUUAUGGACCAGGUGCAGCAGCAGCAGCAGCAGCAGGUUCUGGACCAGGACAACAAGGACCAGGAGUUUACGGACCAGGCUCAGCGGCAGCAGCAGCUGCAGCUGCAGGUUCUGGACCAGGACAACAAGGCCCAGGACGACAAGGCCCAGGAGGUUAUGGACCAGGUGCAGCAGCAGCAGCAGCAGCAGGUUCUGGACCAGGACAACAAGUACCAGUGGGUUACGGACCAGGAUCAGCAGCAGCAGCAGCUGCAACUGCAGGUUCUGGACCAGGACAACAGGGUCCAGGACCACAAGGACCAGGAGGUUAUGGACCAGGUGCAGCAGCAGCAGCAGCAGCAGCAGGUUCAGGACCAGGACAACAAGGCCCUGGACAACAAGGGCCAGGAUUUUACGGACCGGGCUCAGCGGCAGCAGCAGCUGCAGCUGCAGGUUCUGGACCAGGACAACAAGGCCCAGGACGACAAGGCCCAGGAGGUUAUGGACCAGGUGCAGCAGCAUCAGCAGCAGCAGGUUCUGGACCAGGACAACAAGGACCAGGAGUUUACGGACCAAUCUCAGCGGCAGCAGCAGCUGCAGCUGCAGGUUCUGGACCAGGACAACAAGGCCCAGGACGACAAGGCCCAGGAGGUUAUGGACCAGGUGCAGCAGCAGCAGCAGCGGAAGGUUCUGGACCUGGACAAGGACCAGUAGGUUACGGACCAGGAUCAGCAGCAGCAGCAGCUGCAGCUGCAGGUUAUGGACCAGGACAACAAGGCCCAGGACAACAAGGACCAGGAGGUUAUGGACCAGGUGCAGGAGCAGCAGCAGCAGCUGCAGGUUAUGGACCAGGACAACAAGGCCCAGGACGACAAGGACCAGGAGGUUAUGGACCAGGUGCAGCAGCAGCAGCAGCAGGUUUAGGACCUGGACCACAAGGCCCAGGACAACAAGGACCAGGUGGUUAUGGACCAAGCUCAGCAGCCGCAGCUGCAGCAGCAGCAGCUGCAGGUUCUGGACCAGUACAACAAGGACCAGGUGGUUAUGGACCAGGCUCCGCAGCCGCAGCCGCUGCAGCAGCAGGAGGUUACGGACCAGGUCCACAAGUCCCUGGACAACAAGGACCCAGAGGUUACGGACCAGUUGCAUCUGCUUCAGCAGCCGCUGCUUCUUCCGUUUCUCGACUAAAUUCUCCAGCCUCUACUUCCAGAGUAGCUUCGGCUGUUUCUUCCCUUGCUUCCGCUGGUGCCCCAAGUGUUGGUUCUCUCUCUAGCGUUAUUUCAAGCCUCUCCUCAUCGGUUAGUGCUUCUAACCCUGGUUUGUCAGGAUGUGAAUUAUUAACGCAGGUACUUCUCGAAGUUGUUUCUGCUCUUGUUGCACUGCUUGGUUCCGCUCGCGUCGGACCAGUUGAUGUUUCUUCUUCCCAACAAUAUGCGGGAUUAGUUAGCAGUGCUAUUGCUCAAGCACUUUAAACAUUUUAAUAUACAUUCGCAUUGUAAUGCUCUGAACACUUUGUUUUUUAAAUGUUAAUAAAUACAAAAAGUUUCAAUUAAA